AUGUCCUUCCACCUCUUCGAAUACGCGCGCAAGGAGAGCAACGCUGAGCUGGACGACCUGAUCCGCGAGACCAAAGUCAAGGAUAUCGAGGGCUCCAGCUAUGGCCUGCUUGCCUAUGCUGACAAGAUAGCUAGAUCCACCCGACUGUACCUGCUCAAAGCUUUGACCGACGAAGACGAUAUACGGCGGUUGUGGGGCCUCGAGAUCGAUAUGGUCAUGGUCGAGGCGCCUCUGCUGCCACGAAAGAUUUAG